CGCCCCCUCCUCCGGGCACGUCUCUUUCUCAUUUCUGCAGUUGUUCUGUCAGCGGGACCGUUUACGCUGAAUUUCACCUGAACUGGAGUUAAAAACACACAAAGAUGUCCGCUCGGGUUAUGCAAGCGGCUAAAUGCCCAACGGACGAACUGUCGCUGACCAACUGUGCCGUCAUCAACGAGAAGGAGCCGCAGCUCGAGCAACAUGUAACGGUGCGCAAUGCAGGCCACAGGUACGUGUUCACCUUGAAGACACAUCCCAGUGUUAGCUCUGGCACCAUCGCCUUCAGCCUGCCGCAGAGAAAGUGGGCGGGACUAUCGAUCGGACAAGAUGUUGAAGUAACGAACUACAAGUUUGACAAGUCCAAACAGCUCAUAGGCUCCAUGACGGUAGAGAUCGACUUCCUGCAGAAGAAAAGCGUGGACAGCAACCCUUACAACUCGGACAACAUGGCCAGCGAGUUCCUCCAGCACUUCAACAACCAGGCCUUCAGUGUCGGACAGCAGCUCGGGUUUAGUUUCAAUGACAAGCUGUUCGGUUUGGUGAUUAAAGAUAUCGAGGGGAUGGACCCGAGCGUCCUGAAGGCAACAAACAACUCUGGAAAGAAACAGAAGCUUGACAUCGGUCUGUUGCUGCCAAACAGUCAGGUGAUCUUUGAGAAGUCAGAAACCUCGUCCAUCACUCUGAUCGGGAAGUCCAAGACCCGAGAGUCCCGUCAGUCCAUCAUCAGCCCGGACUGGAACUUCGAGCGGAUGGGUAUCGGCGGUCUCGAUAAAGAGUUUUCUAACAUCUUCCGCAGAGCCUUCGCCUCCAGAGUCUUCCCUCCAGAUCUAGUAGAACAGAUGGGCUGUAAGCAUGUGAAGGGAAUCCUGCUGUACGGACCCCCAGGCUGCGGUAAAACCCUGAUGGCGCGACAGAUCGGCAAGAUGCUCAAGGCCCGCGAGCCAAAGAUCGUCAACGGCCCCGAGAUCCUCAACAAGUACGUGGGAGAGUCCGAGGCCAACAUCAGGAAGCUGUUUGCGGACGCAGAGGACGAGCAGAAGAGGCUCGGAGCGAACAGCGGCCUCCACAUCAUCAUAUUCGACGAGAUCGAUGCGAUCUGUAAACAGCGUGGCAGUAUGGCGGGCAGCACAGGAGUCCACGACACCGUGGUCAACCAGCUGCUGUCCAAGAUCGACGGGGUGGAGCAGCUCAACAACAUCCUGGUCAUCGGUAUGACCAACAGGCCCGACCUGAUAGACGAGGCCUUGUUGAGACCAGGAAGACUGGAGGUGAAGAUGGAGAUAGGGUUACCUGAUGAAAAGGGAAGAGUUCAGAUCCUCAACAUCCACACGGCCAAGAUGCGUCAGUACGACCUGCUCUCCUCCGACGUGGACAUCGUGGAGCUCGCUGUGGGGACGAAGAACUACAGCGGAGCCGAGCUGGAGGGCCUGGUCAGAGCUGCACAGUCCACCGCCAUGAACAGACACAUCAAGGCCAGUAACACAGUGGAGGUAAACAUCGAGACGGCAGAGAAGCUGGUGGUCAGCAGACUGGACUUCAUGGCCUCGCUGAAUAACGACAUCAAACCUGCGUUUGGUACCAACCAGGAGGACUACGCCAGCUACAUCAUGAACGGGAUCAUCCGAUGGGGCGACUCGGUGUCAGAGGUCCUGGAGGACGGGGAGCUGCUGGUGCAGCAGACGAAGAACAGCGAACGCACACCGCUCGUCUCUGUGCUGCUGGAGGGCCCACCUAACAGUGGAAAAACCGCUCUGGCUGCUAAGAUUUCCGAAGACUCCCAGUUUCCCUUCAUCAAGAUCUGCUCCCCGGACAAGAUGAUCGGACACUCUGAGAUCGCCAAGUGCCAAGCCAUUAAGAAGAUAUUUGAAGAUGCCUACAAGUCCCAGCUGAGCUGUGUGGUUGUUGAUGACAUUGAACGUCUGUUAGAUUACGUCCCGAUCGGCCCUCGUUUCUCCAACCUGGUGUUGCAAGCUUUACUGGUGCUGCUGAAGAAACCUCCUCCGAAGGGUCGCAAGCUGCUCAUCAUCGGCACCACGAGUCGUAGAGACGUCCUCCAGGAGAUGGAGAUGUUAGACGCUUUCAGCACCACCAUCCACAUCUCCAACAUCUCGAGGGGAGAGCAGCUGAUCGAGGCGCUGGAGCUGCUGGGCAGUUUUGAGGACGUGGAGCGGGCCAGCAUCGCUCGCGCUGUGAAAGGACAGAGUCUGUGGAUCGGCAUAAAGAAGCUGCUCAUGCUGAUUGAAAUGGCCGUGCAGAUGGACCCUGGCCACAGAGUCGGCAAGUUCCUGAGUCUAUUGAAGGAUGGAGGAGGACUGGGUUCUGAUAAGUUUGUGGCAAUCUAGACUCAUUGGAGCCACGUAGUGACAAAGAGGCAUCCUUCAACGUUGCUGAGGAACGGAAGCCCCUUAAAGACGGCUGGCAAGGAGGAAGCAAGCGAGAGAGAGAGUUUCCGUCUCUCUCUUUUCCUUCUCUCUCUCUCUCUCUCAGCAUCCUUCCUUCUCGUCCCUGAAGCUCUGAGCGCUCUUCUCUCUGCACUGCAGCUCUCUGCAGCCAGGCAUCCUCCUCCUCCUCCUCUUCAGCACUAUGUGAACAUGUAAAAUAAGAGAAAUACGCCCGUGUUUGUGGCGUCUGUGUAUAUUGCCUUUUUGACGACAAGUGCUGUGAUCUCCUAUGUGAUGCCCUUAGCACUCCAUUGGGAUUUUAAAAUGUAAAAGAGUCAAAAGAUACUGUCGCAAGUAGAUGAGCAUGCACGAACACUAAUCAUUACACUGUUCAGAUAGGUUUAUUUGUAUGCACAGAUUUGUGAUUUGAUCAUUCCAGGACGAGAUCUCACUUUGUUCUUAUAAUGUUGUGUACUUGCUUGUGUCUUACCUUUUUUGUUUUAUCAAUAAAUUAAUUCUAUAAUUA